AUGGGGGAUUCAGAUUUGAUUAUCCGGCAAGUCCAAGGAGAAUGGGAAAUCCGAGAUGUUAAGCUUAUUCCCUAUCGCCAACAUGUGAAAGAUCUUGGCAAGCGAUUCAAAUCAAUAGAGUUCAGGUACAUCCCUCGGUGUCACAAUGAAUUAGCUGAUGCACUCGCCAGUUUGGCCUCGAAGCUGCCAUACCCAGGCAAUGCCUAUAUUGAUCCCUUGGAGAUCCAAAUCAAAGAAAGGCAUGGUUACUGUAAUACGGUUGAGGCAGAACCAAUCACCCAGUCAUGCUACCAUGACAUCAAAAGGUUUCUGAGAACACAAGAAUAUCCCGAGCAAGCCACGGGAGAUCAAAGGAGAACCAUUAGACGGCACGCGAGUGGUUUUUUCUUGAGUGGUGAUCUCUUGUAUAAGAGGACCCCGGACCUCAGCUUGUUAAGAUGUGUUGACGUCGAGGAAGCCGGAAGAAUUAUGCAUGGG